CCCAGCGGGCGUGCAGUCUCAGCCGGUUCAGACUGGCCAGGGUGCCCCUGCAGAAGAGAUCUGAGAGUGGGACCACCCCGGGAGUGACUUCCCGGGGUGGGCGGUGGGGGUGGGGAAGGUGGAGCCGGCCGGCCGGGCUGCACUCCAUGUGUCCCGAGGGCAGAGGGCGGCGGCCGUAUAUUGCGCGCAGCGGGACUGCUCGCCCAGCGCAGGGCCCGGAUCAGUAGCUGCGGCCGGAGCUGCGCCCGCGGCCCCAGCCGAGGCCGGGACUCAGAGCCUUCGGCGAACCGCCGCAUUGAUUUCAUCUCACAAUGGAAUUUCAGAAGUCACCUGACGGAGGGUGGGGCUGGGUGAUUGUGGUCGUCUCCUUCUUCACCCAGUUCCUCUCUUACGGAUCCCCGUUAGCUGUUGGGGUCUUGUACGUAGAAUGGCUGGAUGCCUUCGGUGAAGGAAAAGGAAAAACAGCUUGGGUGGGAUCCCUGGCGAGCGGAGUCGGCUUGCUUGCAAGUCCUGUGUGCAGUCUCUUCGUCUCAUCUUUCGGAGCAAGACCCGUCACAAUCUUCAGUGGCUUCCUGGUGGCUGGCGGUCUAAUGCUGAGCAGUCUUGCCCCCAAUAUCUACUUUCUGUUUUUUUCCUAUGGCAUCGUUGUAGGUCUUGGAUGUGGCUUACUGUACACAGCGACGGUGACCAUCACAUGCCAGUAUUUUGACAGCCGCAGAGGCCUCGCCCUCGGCCUGAUUUCAACAGGUUCGAGUGUGGGUCUAUUCAUCUACGCAGCUCUGCAGAAGAUGCUGAUUGAAUUCUAUGGCCUAGAUGGGUGCCUGCUCAUCGUUGGUGCUUUAGCUUUAAACAUCCUAGCCUGUGGCAGCCUGAUGAGGCCCUUGCAAACCUCCGACUGUCCUUUUCCUGAAAAGUCAACUCCAGAGAAUGUUCCAGACAGAUACUCCAUGUAUAACGAGAAAGAGAAGAACCAGGAAGAGACUAUGAACUUCCAAGACAAGGGCUACAGUAGUGAAGAUAAAUGCUUGCCCAGUGGAGACUGGGGACGGGAGACUUCCCUUCCUAAAAGCCCUGCCAUCGCUGCACACACCAAGGAGCCCGAGACGUACAAAAAGAAGGUCGUGGAACAGACUAAUUUUUGCAAGCAACUUGCCAAGAGGAAAUGGCAGCUGUAUAGGAACUACUGCGGAGAGACCGCUUCUCUUUUUAAAAACAAAGUCUUCUCUGCGCUUUUCAUCGCCAUCUUGCUUUUUGACAUCGGAGGAUUUCCACCAUCGCUGCUCAUGGAGGAUGUCGCGAGAAGUUACCACGUGAGGGAAGAGGAUCUUACCAUGCCUCUCAUCUCCAUUUUCGGCAUCAUGACAGCCGUGGGCAAGCUUCUUUUGGGCAUCCUGGCUGACUUCAAGUGGAUCAACACCCUGUAUCUCUACGUAGCUACCCUGAUCAUCACUGGCCUGGCCUUGUGCGCAAUCCCCCUUGCCAAGAGUUAUGUCACGCUGGCCAUCCUUUCUGGCAUCUUGGGUUUUCUUACUGGUAACUGGUCCAUCUUUCCCUAUGUGACCACGAAGACUGUGGGGAUUGACAAAUUAGCCCACGCCUAUGGAAUACUCAUGUUCUUUGCUGGACUUGGGAACAGCCUUGGGCCACCCAUAGUUGGUUGGUUCUAUGACUGGACCCAGACCUAUGACAUCGCCUUUUAUUUCAGUGGCUUCUGUGUCCUGCUGGGGGGAUUCAUCCUGCUGCUCGCCAUCUUGCCCUGUUGGGAUAUGUGCAACAAAAGACUACCCAAGCCAGCAGUGCCAACCACCUUUUUCUACAAAGUUGCCUCUAAUGUUUAGAGGGACAUUAAAAGGCCUUAUUUUCUCUAUUUUUCUACUUUAUACCAUACAGCAAUAUGUGUAUAUAUGUAUGUAUGUAUGUAUGUAUGUAUGUAUGAAUAUACGUAUAUAACAAAUUGUUAGGCAGGUUCUAGAGUCACGAUCUUAUAGCAAAACUUCUCUGGCUGACUCUGAAGGACAAUGCACACUCUGUCUUUUGUGUGCCUUGUAUAACCUUGAUCCCUUGUCUUCCCCUCCCCCACCCCUUGAGAAGUGGGACUGUUCUGUUAUGUUUCAUGGUUGUUUGUUGCUCAUGAGUUCAGGAUUAGCCUCACACAGUUUUCUCUGGAUGAAAUUUAAAGUCUCUGCUUUCCCCGUGAGUUCUCUAAGGUGUUCAGUGGGUCCUGUCUUAAACUGUGCGCUCCUCACAAUUGGAUUUGUGUGAAGGAGUAAUGACUGUCUCCUCGAUGUCAGACCUGCAAGUCCAGAGAAGACACCAAGCCGUUUCAUUUCCGGAAACGAAAGCGGUUGCAACAUCACUGAGCCGUCGAAGACCUUAGACAAGAUAGUUUAAAUCGCAGAUGUCUAACGUCCAUUUUCUGUUUUACUGUGCUCGAUGAAGUACUGUGUUUGGUGUCCACUGCCUACGAACUCGCUCGAUUCCUCCAGCAGUCCGCCUGCAUGGCCGGCUCCUUGGACCUCGCUCGCUGGUGUUGACUGGCAUCCACUCUGCUGAUGGCUCCUAAGAGCUGCUGGUUUGCCGGUUUCCGCCUUGGAAAUAGACCUUUGAACCAUUCCGAAAUCUGGCCAAUGGGAAGCGCCCAUUUGCUUUGAGCACCUCGAGAAUGGGUUGCAAGGCCUUGCUUGCAUGUCUUCCAAAUGAAGUCCGUGGUGGUUUCUCUUGGGCUUUUCCACUACUGCGUUUCGAUUUGUGGACAGUGCUAAAAAAAAAAAAAGAUGCUCUCGGUCCAUAAGAUGUGGGAAAGGACAAGGUAAAGAGAACUCGCUACUCUCACCCAACCGUAUUUAAUCCCAAGAACAAUGUUUGAGGGUGAAAAAUAAUGUUUAAUAAAUGGGCUUUUUUUUUUCCUCUAUAGAAAUGGGUUUCAAGUUUGGUAUGGCUGAAAAUCCCCUGUGGAAACUUAAAUGUGUGCUACUAUGCUGCUUUCCUUUGCGUUAUUUUUUUUGAGACAGGGUUUCUUCUGCAUAGCCUUAGCUGACCUGAACUUGCAGUAUAGACCAGUCUGGCCUUGAACUCAGAUCUACCUGCGGCUGCAUCCCAAGUUCUGGGACUAAAGGUAGGAGCACCUUUCCUGGCUAGUACUAUGUUUUUCUUGAAUGAAAGGAAAAAAAAAAAAAA